AUGUCUGAUAUUACCACUCGACGAAAUUUUGGUGCAAACCCACCGGUGUGCAAUCGUGCAAACUCCCGCUCUGGACCGCCCGAUCCACAUCCAACGGCUCCAAGGAAUUCCACCAUCGCACCACGGCUUUUUUGCAAAAAACCCCCGCGCAGUUGCAAUGUUUCGCGAUUUCGCCCUCCUUCUUCCCCACCAGUCCACCACUCGCCUGCUGCCCGCACCCGCCCGCAGCCGCAAUUACCGGUAGGGUUCGAGCGAGGGGCCUCCGCCGUCGGCCUCCUCCACCACCGCGCUCGAGCUCAGGAAGACGUCGAACCCCUCCAUCGCCACGCUCGAGCUCGGGAAGACGUCGGCCCCCUCCACCGCUACGCUCGCGCUCAGGACGACGUCGGCCCCCUCCACCACUGUCGAGUCUGGCCAGGUCGCCCUCGCUCGACGCCCUCCACCGGCGAAAGAUGUCGUGCGCAAGGCCGCGGACCCUCUCUGACUCGUGCUUCCGAAGGGCGCCGACGGCCUUGGCGAGGUCGGUGGACGUCCACACCGUCCGCACCACGGGCACGGCCAGCUGCAGCGUCACGAGCGCCUCGGCCUGUCGCGUCGUCCAGGAUCAGGCAGAUCUCUCCAAGGCCCCCUCCACCUACCGCGCUCGCGAUUAGGACGCCUCGGCGCCGAGGACGCGCUCCACCUGUUCGACGAAAUGGAGCAGUCAGCAGAAUUGAAGUUCUUGUCAACCACCCUCUCCAGGUGGUGGCAAUAGCCGUGUUCAAUGCAUUCUUCGUGCCGUUCCUGGGGACCAAGGCCUUCCAGAUUGUGGCCAUGGCUAUCUACAAAUCCUGGUGGCCCGGGCAUUUUCAGUUCAGCAAGGCAUCAGAAAUUAGAAAAGCAAUCCCAAAUGAAUUCAAAUUGAGAUGUAUACAGUGUGUUCUUAAGGUUUUUGGUAGCUAGCUAAAUGAUGUGUGAAGCUGUAAUGUGGCAGAAAUUAUGUGUGGUGGAAAUUCUGUGUAGAAAGUUGUAAACAGAAAGCUGUAAUGUGGCAGAAAGUUUGUACAA